AUGGCAUCGAAUCCACUUCAGCGGGUGUCGCUGCAUGUGGUAGCCGAAAUCCUGACUCACCUGGACUCUUUCGAACAGCUCGGGCUCGCAAUCCUGAGUCAUCGUGUAUUCCAUAAUGCUCUUCACGAUAACCUUCACUACGUAGCCCGCAGCAUUAUCACAAAUCAGAUUUCUCACGUCACUCUCCCAUUCGCCCUUGUACUGCUCAAGUCAGCAAGGCUCAGUGGCGAUAACCACGAUGGCAUCCGAAAUUUGCUGGAUCAUCUCAUCACAGACAUAUCCGAGCCCUGCCAUGCCGCAGCAGCUCUCAUCAACCUUUCCCUAGACGAGUACGCAAUCCUCAGCAAGAACCAUGCGGCCGUCGAGUCUCUCCGCGAUGAUUUUUCCAGAGAGGCGAUUCCUGCGUUUGUCGAAAGAUUCGAGCUGGAGCAUGCCGAGCAUCUUAACCCGCAGGAAACGUUCCGUCUGGACAGGGCCUUCUAUCGUUACCAAAUCAUGUGUAACCUAUACUGCGGGAGGAAGGGUUUUGAAAGGAACCUCUCCCCCAUCGACCGUGAAUAUCCUUUCUUCUCAGAAUUCUCGCCAUGGGUCAACGAGCAACUCAUCUGCGUGUACUAUUAUCUUGAGAACAAGGUCGUUACUGCAUACGAUGAGAUUGCUGCACAUGACGUCGUGUGGGGCGGAGUUCCUGUGAAAUGGCGACGUGACCCUGAGGAGUUGGGCCUAGUCCAGAGCUAUUUAUAG